UUGGGGGCGGGGUUGAACUGUGCUCCUGCCUGUGCGUCCCGGAAGCGGAAGGUAGAACCUGCUUCCGGGCGGCUGAUUCGAGGACUUGUUUUGUCACAAGCGGUGCAUCUAAAGAUCUCUAGCUGGGCGGGCCAUGCCUUCUGAGGGUCGCUGCUGGGAGACUCUGCAGGCUCUGCGCAGCUCCGACAAAGGUCGCCUCUGCUACGACCGCGACUGGCUGCUGCGGGGUGAGGAUGUUUUACAAGAAUGUAUGUCUCUUCCCAAGCUGUCUUCUUACUCUGGAUGGGUAGUAGAUCAUGUCCUGCCUCACAUACAAAAGAACGCACCUCCCUCUGAGACGUCAGCAUCCUCUGUAUCUACUUCAGCCCUCGACCAACCUUCAUCUGUUCCCAGAUCUCCUCUCAGAAACCCUGCCUUCUCACCUGUCUCCUCAGCAACAUCAAAUGGAACCAAGGACAAACAUGAGUCUCCACAUACAGAACCUAUGGUACUUCAGUCCCCCCGGGGGAUGAAAGUGGAAGGCUGCAUCCGAAUGUAUGAGCUGGUGCACAGAAUGAAAGGAGCAGAGGGCUUGAGGCAGUGGCAGGAGGAGCAGGAGAAGAAGGUGCGGGCCCUUUCUGAGAUGGCAUCUGAACAGCUUAAGCGGUUUGAUGAACGAAAGGAACUGAAGCAUCAUAAAGAAUUCCAGGACUUACGGGAAGUAAUGGAGAAGAGCUCCAGAGAAGCCCUGGGGCAGCAAGAGAAGCUGAAAGCCGAGCAUCGUCACAGAGCAAAGAUCCUCAACCUGAAGCUGCGGGAAGCGGAGCAGCAGCGCUUGAAGCAAGAGGAGCAGGAGCGGCUCCGGAAGGAAGAAGGCCAGGCCCGCCUGCGCAGCCUCUACGCCCUGCAGGAGGAGGUGCUGCACCUCAGCCAGCAGCUGGACUCCUCCGACCAGCACAGGGCCCUGCUGCAGGUCGACCUGUCUGCCUUCCGGACCCGAGGCAACCAGCUCUGCGGUCUUGUUUCAGGGAUCAUCCGGGCCACUUCUGAGAACGGCUUUCCCACAGUAGAGGACCAAGCUGCGGCUGAGGGAGCGCUACGGGAGAUGCGCGACCUCCUCUCAAACUUGCAUCAGGAGAUCUCCAGGGCCUGUGAGGAGAAGAGGAGGCGGGAUGAAGAGGAAGCCCGGAUAAAGCGGCAAGAGUCACAGAUGCAGCAGAGGCCGGAGGCCCACAAAGAGUCACCCGUUCCCAACCAGGGCCCAGGGGCGAAACCGAACGAAGACCUCCAGGUGAAGGUGCAAGACAGUACAAUGCAGUGGUACCAGCAGCUGCAGGAGGCCUCCGGUCGGUGCGUGCUGGCCUUUGAGGGCCUGAGCAACAGCAAAGACAGUCAGGCCAAAAAGAUCAAGAUGGACCUCCAGAAGGCUGCCACGAUCCCAGUGAGCCAGAUCUCUACCAUUGCAGGCUCGAAGCUGAAGGAAAUCUUUGACAAGAUCCACAGCUUACUUUCUGGAAAACCUGUUCAGUCUGGCGGGCGCUCCGUGUCUGUCACACUUAACCCACAGGGCCUAGACUUUGUCCAGUACAAACUGGCAGAGAAAUUUGUGAAACAAGGGGAGGAGGAAGUGGCCUCCCAUCACGAAGCAGCGUUCCCCAUUGCGGUUGUGGCAUCCGGGAUCUGGGAGCUCCACCCCAGAGUAGGGGACCUCAUCCUGGCUCACCUGCACAAGAAGUGUCCUUACUCUGUUCCUUUCUACCCCGCAUUCAAAGAGGGAAUGGCUUUGGAAGACUAUCAGAGGAUGCUUGGCUACCAAGUAAAGGAUUCCAAAGUAGAGCAGCAGGACAACUUUCUAAAGCGCAUGUCUGGGAUGAUCCGUCUCUAUGCCGCCAUCAUCCAGCUCCGGUGGCCAUAUGGAAACCGACAAGAGACUCACCCUCAUGGCUUAAAUCAUGGUUGGCGCUGGUUGGCACAGAUCUUAAACAUGGAGCCCCUGUCAGAUGUGACGGCUACCCUCCUCUUUGACUUCUUAGAGGUGUGUGGGAAUGCCCUCAUGAAGCAGUACCAGGUCCAGUUCUGGAAGAUGAUACUUCUCAUCAAAGAGGACUACUUCCCCAGGAUUGAAGCCAUCACAAGCUCAGGGCAGAUGGGUUCCUUCAUACGCCUCAAGCAGUUCUUGGAGAAAUGUCUGCAGCACAGGGAGAUUCCUGUCCCCAAGGGCUUCUUGACUUCCUCCUUCUGGCGUUCCUGAUGUCACUCCAGCACCCACCAUCACCGUUUUGUUGCAGAGGGGCAAUAAUAAAGCAACUGAAGACAGCUGUACAUGGGAAAACUCAUGUCAAUAUGUGGUUUGUGUAUUUGUAUCUUGUGACUAAGAGGAGAUUUCUAUGGGUCACAAAUCUAAGAGGUCCCUUAAUAGAUCUGGUGACUCCUUAAAGAGGUCCGCACGACAGAGUAAACAAAAUUGGCCUUUCUCAUUUUUAUGGAAAAUAAGAAAAAAAAAUUAUGAGAAUAAAAGGUUAAUGCUUGAUCUUA